CCCCCAGAUCCCCGCGAAAGGUAGAAUGAUUCCUCCGAGCAGUCACCGGGAGGACUUGGGGCACGAGCUCAAUAAAGAGAACCAGGGGGGCAGCAGCGCGGAUCGACCUCCAUCCCCAGCAUCGACCCACAGCCAGGAGUCCAAGCUGCAGAAGCUGAAACGGUCGCUUUCUUUCAAGACCAAAAGUUUACGGAGUAAAAGUGCCGACAACUUCUUCCAAGGGACGGGCAGUGACGGAAAGCUGCCGGCGGACGCGCUGCCCGAGAUCACGGCGAGCCGCGGCAGCCAACCGCGCUUUGGCGCCGGGAGCCUGAGCUCCACACCCACCAGAGGGCGGCUGCAGCCCCCGGCCCCCGGCGGGGCCCACGCCUUCCAGGAGCACAUCUUCAAGAAGCCCACCUUCUGUGAUGCCUGCAGCCACAUGAUAGUAGGGGGCAACACCAAGCAGGGUCUGCGCUGCAAAGCGUGCAGAAUGAGCCUCCACCACAAAUGUGCAGACAGCCUCGGACCCCAGUGCUGCGUGGGCAAACUGCCCAAGGGGUUCCGGCGCUACUAUAGCUCCCCCUUACUCAUCCAGGAGCAGUUUGGGUGCAUCAGAGAAGUCAUGCCCAUUGCCUGUGGUAACAAGGUGGACCCAGUGUAUGAGGCUCUCCGAUUUGGCACGUCCCUGGCACAGAAAACCAAGAGGGGAAGCUCGGGAAGUGCAUCCAGCUCUCCCAACCGGAACUCUAUCUCAGACCUUGGCGAGGUCCCAGAGGAGGUGCCUGGAGUAUUCUUUGAGCCAAGCAGGAGACGCAGCAACAGUGUGUUCGCGUAUUCAGAAAACGGCUCCGAUGACGCCAGACAGGACUUGAAGAUCACAAACGGCCCAGGAUUUACCAAAGGACCUCUACACAAAGACACAGCACAGACCAGCACCUACGUUGCCUUGUACAAAUUUGUCCCGCAGGAGAAUGAAGACCUGGAAAUGAGGCCCGGAGAUGUGGUCACACUCCUCGAGGAUUCCAAUGAAGACUGGUGGAAGGGGAAAAUUCAAGACCGAACUGGGUUUUUUCCUGCCAACUUUGUUCAGCGCGUGCAGCCAGAGGAGAAGAUUUUCAAGUGUGUCCAGACCUUCAUUGGCUGCAAAGAGCAGGGACAGAUCACUCUGAAGGAGAACCAGAUCUGUGUGGCCUCAGAAGAAGGAAGGGAUGGCUUCAUCAAGGUCUGCAGUGGCCGAAAGAAGGGCCUGGUGCCUCUGGACAUCCUAGAAAACAUCUGAUUUCUGUGCCCCACUUUGUGCAAUGAAAACCUUGGCUGGCAAUGGCCAGCAGCCUCUUCCUGUGGACACUGUCGGUUCUGAUGACACCCAGAGGACAAUGAGAAUGUGAAUGCACGCGCACGCGCACACACACACACACACACACACAUACACACACACACACCAGGCUGUUGAGCAACAAUGAAAUGGCAACAGAGCAGAGAGUUUGUUGAGGAAAUGUACUCAGUCUACCACUGGGUGUGAACAGAGACUGGAAGAAUUUGGGAGAGGGGGCCAGGAAGCAGUUGGAAUAUAAACAUACUUGUCUAAAAGAAGCCUGUGUGUCUGAAGAAACCCACUGGUGCCUGAGGUGACCCCGUGUUACCUGGGACCCAGGCAGUCGAAUCUGACCUUCUCUGGACCAAGCACAGUCUAUGUUUUUGGUCCAGUGUUACAUGAGUCCUAGCUUUCUGUCCACAGAAUUAGUCAACCAGUAUAGCAUUUUAAACUGUGGCCAGCCUAAGCAGGGAUUGGAGCCCACCAAUGUGAGAGACAGCUGGGUCUAGAAUCUCAUUAUGUUAUCAGAUUAUCAGGAAAUACAGUGACCCACUAGGGUCCUCUCUCUCUCUCUCUCUGUCUCUCUCUCUCUCUCUGUCUCUCUCUCUGUCUUUCUCUCUCUUGCUAUGAUGCCUUGAUCUUACACCCAUCAAACCCAGAGGAGACACCUGUCCCAGCAGGUCUCUACUUCCUUCCAUUUCUGCUUUUCCCCACAAGUAGAAAGAAUUACAUGAGACAGAUUUGGAGAUUCCAUACAUCCAGUGGUGGUUGGGUGAAGGGAGCCUAUUUACUAUCAAAAAGAAUCCGUUUUCUUCUUUCUCCUUGGGUUCAAAGCUGGGCAGCCUCCCAGGGGCCAUGAGGUGGGUGGUCAGGGCAUCUGAUGAAAUCCACUUUCAUUUCCAGCACUCUCACCUCCAUUUGUCAGAGAGUCUAGCACUCUUGUGGGGUUCUUAGGCCUGUCAAAUUCAGAGAUCAGAGUCAGGGGUUAGAAGAAGCCCAAAUCUGGGGUUGCCAAACCAAAAUUCCUAUUUCCCUAGGACCAUUUACUAUAAUCUUCCUGCUGGGGAAAGGAGACGCUGCCAUCCCUCUUCCUUCAGAAUCCAGGGGGGCCCAUUUAGUGUUUCCUAGGAAAAAAAGACCUGACUCCUCUUCCCUCCCCCCACCCCACCAAAGGCUAUACUUCCCAUGGAUGCGCUGUCCCAGAAUGUCCCCCCCUUCGGUCUCCUCCUCCUUGUAUUCCAGCUCAAUUUGUAGCAUCUAGCUAAAGAUGGAGAAGGUGAACUCUAAUUCGCAAUGGCCUUGAAAUCAAUGUCAGUUUGAUUUAUUUUGAUAUAAAGCGAUUAACGUGAUUGCCCGGCGGCUUCUAUCCUGCCCACUGACUAUCGCUUUUCAGAACCAAAGCCUGGCUGUCUCCAGUGAUUUCUCUUCUUUAUUAUGGCCUGGAACUGAAUAGGGGAUGGGGAAUGGGUGGGAGGCUUCUCAUUCUUUCUUUGGAUGCCUUACCCUCAAUUCUGAGACAGCCCCCUGAGUGCCCUCCUUGCCGAAGACGAGAGGUGCAGUAGACGGGUCCAGGAAACACAUGGACUCUCUCAAAAUGGGAUGAGAUGCAUUUGCCUGAAAAACUGAAUGUCUGAAGACCAAUGCUGUUUGUCUCUAACU